GCCAUUCGUCUUCAAUGUGUUCUUUAUCUUCAGUACACUUUUAUUACAAAGAACUAGAAGAGACAAUGAGUGGAACCUUGUCUCAGCUACCAAUACUUCCCUUCACAGAAAUGGCGUCUUCCAUUUCCCAAAUCCACCAAGCGCAUGCUCAUCUUCUCAAAACUGGUGUUUUCCCCAAUAAUACCUUCGUUUCAAACAAGCUCAUCUCUUUUGCCGUCUCAAAUCCCGACCCUAUCACCCUCUCUUACGCUCACUCCGUUUUCACUCACAUUACUGACCCAAACUCUUUCUCCUACAAUUCCCUCAUCAGAGCUUAUGCUAAUAGUCGUACCCCUGAAAAUGCUCUCUUCCUCUUCCGUCAAAUGCUUGAAGGAGGCCCUGUUUUGCCCGAUAAGUACAGUUUCACUUUUGCUUUGAAGGCAUGUGCUGGGUUUUGUGGGGUUGAAGAAGGGAUGCAGAUUCAUGGUCUGGCGUUGAAACUGGGGAUUGGGUUUGAUAUUUUCGUGGCUAAUACUUUGAUUCAUGUUUAUGGCAGAAGUGGGCAUUUUGGGUUUGCACGGAGCCUUCUCGAUAGAAUGACUGACAGAGAUGUGGUUUCUUGGAAUGCUUUGUUGACCGCUUAUAUUGAAACGGGAUUCAUGAGAUUGGCUCGUGGUUUAUUCGAUGAAAUGGAUGAAAGGAAUGUCGAGUCAUGGAAUUUCAUGAUUUCCGGGUAUUUAAGUUCAGGGUUACUCGAAGAAGCUAAAAGUGUCUUUGAUUCAAUGCCUUUAAAAGAUGUGGUGUCUUGGAAUGCUAUAAUUACAGGUUAUGCUCAUUCAAGUCGUUUUGAUGAAGUUUUGGAGCUUUUUGAAGAUAUGCAGCGUGAGGAAGUGAGGCCAGAUACUUGCACAUUGGUCAAUGUGUUGUCUGCAUGUGCUCAUCUUGGUGCUUUGGGGCAAGGUGAAUGGAUUCAUGGUUAUAUCGAUAAGAAUGGGAUAGACACCAAUGGUUUUAUAGCCACAGCUCUUGUUGACAUGUAUUCAAAAUGUGGGAACAUUGAUAAGGCUCUAAAUGUGUUUAGAAACGCUUCAAAGAAGGAUAUUAGUACAUGGAAUUCCAUAAUUGUUGGUUUAGGGAUGCAUGGCUACGGAGAAACUGCAUUAGAGACUUUCUCAGAGAUGCUUAUGGAAGGUUUUGAACCUAACGAGGUGACCUUCAUUGCUGUUUUGACUGCUUGCAGUCGUUCCAGGUUCUUAAAUGAGGGACGCAAGAUGUUCAAACUCAUGGUUGAUGAUUAUGGAAUUGAACCAGCUGUUGAGCACUAUGGUUGCAUGGUGGAUCUCCUUGGUCAGGUCGGGUUAUUAGAGGAGGCUUUGGAGUUUGUAGAAACAAGGCCACUGAAAGAAGCUCAUGUGCUUUGGGAGUCCUUACUGAGUGCCUGUAAAAACCAUGGUAAUGUGGAAAUGGCAGAGUAUGUUGCUAGGAAGCUCUUAGAGUUGAAUCCGCAAGAUAGUGCUGGUUAUGUUCAGUUAUCUAAUACAUAUGCAGCACUGAAAAGAUGGGAUGAUGUUUUAAAUGUGAGGAGAAAAAUGAAGGCCCUGAAAGUAAAUAAGGAGCCUGGAUGUAGCAUGAUUGAAGUAAAUGGCGUUGUUCAUGAGUUCUUAGCCGGUGAAGGAAUGAUUCUUGAAUAA